AUGAACGCGCGCCCCACCCUCUCCGCAAGAAACACCCCCAUGGCGCACGCGUCCAGCCACCUGCGCCCACUCCUUCGACCCGUCCUCCCGUCCCUGGCGACCCUUCUCCUGGCCACCGCACUCCUCUCCUGCCUCUCUUCCUCGCCCGCGGCAAUCACCACUCCAUCCCGGCGUCCGCUCCAAUCCUCAUCAGCCUCCCCCCUGAGGCUGAACCAGCUGCAGCUGCUGGCCACCCACAACAGCUACAAGUUGGCGCCCUCUCCGGAGCUGCGGGACUACCUCGCGUCCCUCCUUCCCGCCGACGUGCCGGCCGCCCUCGACUACGCCCACCCCGACCUCACCGAUCAGCUCGAAAACUUCGGUGUCAGGGCCUUCGAAUUGGACGUCUAUGCCAAUCCAGAUGGCGGGAGGUUCGCGCAGAGGGCGGGGCCCAAGCUGGCCGGGAUCAACGGCACGUCGCCGGACGGGGAGAUGUGGGUGCCCGGCUGGAAGGUGAUGCACACCCAGGACGUCGAUUUCGAGACCGUGGCGCUGACGCUGAAGGAGGCAUUGGGGGAGAUGAGGGCGUGGUCGGAGAGGAGGGGGGCCCACGUGCCGGUGAUCGUGUGGGUGGAGCCGAAGCGCGACCAGCUGCCCGAGGGCCUGGUGCGGCUGGGCAACGCCCUGCUCGCGGCGUCGGAAGCUGCGGGUCCGGAUACCUUCGCCGAGGUCCUCGACAUCAACGCCACGCUGCUGCUGGAUCUGGAGAGCGAGGUGCUGAACGCCUUCACACGCGACCAGCUGCUCCUGCCAGGCGACUUGCUGACCAGCGACAAUACGCCAUUAGCCCAGGCCGUCCUCCCUGACAGAUGGCCCCUCCUCGACGACGUGCGCGGCAAAUUCGUGUUCGUAUUGGACCCGGCCGUGAGGGACAUCUACCUCAAUGCGCGUCCCGCCCUGUCCGGUGCCGUUUUCUUCACGUCAGCGAGAGCUGAAAGCGGCCACGAGGGCAUGACCGACGCCAUUUUUGUAGCGGCGGCGGAGGGCCCUUUCAAGCACCAGGUGGAGAGGAAGGAGAGGGAGGACGUGUUGAAGAACGUGGCUGCGGCGGAGAUUUCCGCCGCUGUGGGGAAGGGCUACUUUGUCCGCACGCAGGUGGACAACAUGGGCGUCCUCACUAUCGCCGAGGCGAGGCAGAACGACACGUUCAGGAGGGACGCCUUCAUUGCUGCAGGCGCACAUGCCAUCAGGACAGAUUUUUUGCGCCCCAGCGACCUGUUCCCCUCCACGUACUCCGUGCCUGCCGUGGCCUGUGGUCGCUCCCCGUGCUGCAAUCCCGUGAACGCGGGCGGUCACGAGGGUUGCCAAAUGCUGGAAUAG